AUGGAGGAAACGAGUGAAGUGAUAAAGUUGAAUUCCCGAGUUGUCUUCUGUCGCGUUGGUGACAAAAGGAUCUUGACUGUUCAUCAAAAGCCCCUUUACUUGAAAAAGGGCUUUCCGAAAGUUAACCUUGCCAGCGCUGUUGGUAAACCGUAUGGAAACUUUUUGUUGGUGAAGCAGAAGGAAGGCAAUGUUUUCAACUUGGAGCCUCUCGAGGUUGGGAGCGCAAAGGAAGUGGAUCCAAGAUUGGAAGCCACUGGAGUGACGAGAGACAACAGAGACAUUGUGGAUUCGUCCACAUCACAGAAGCUAACCAUGGAUGAAAUCUGCACGAGAACAGGAAGCGGUUUAUUGGGCGCAGAAAUGAUUGACCUUCUGGUGGAGAAUAGUGCGACGUUUUCAUCGAAAUCCGAGUAUUCGCAGCAAAAAUACCUGAGGAAAAAACUGGAGAAAUACUCGGACAAUGUAACUUUGAUGCCGCCUUCUUUGAGGCUUGUUUCCGAAAUAAUUUUCGACUAUGAUCCCUUGAGUGUCCAGAACCUGAGGCCGGACACUUUAGCAAUUUUGCUCAACACCGCCGGAAUAAGUUGUGGAGGAAAAUAUUUGGUGCUUGAAAAUGGUUGCAAAGGUUUGGUAACGGCGGGGGUUCUGGAAAGGCUCGGAGGCGAAGGAAGAUUAAUCCGUAUUACAACAAAGAAAGAGAGAAGUGGGGAAUUGGAAGCUGUGGAGAAGCUAGAUCUCAGCAAAAAUUUGAAACAGCCUUUGAUAUCAUUGCCAUUACAAGAUCUCGAGUGUUUGAAUCCCGGUUUUGAGAUUCCUGAAAAAGACAAUUGCUUUCCGCUUGCUGAAUGUCACGUGAUGUUGAAAUCUAUGGGCUGUGCAGUGUUGGUGAAGCUAACUGAAAACUGGCUCAGGGAGUAUCAAGUUUUGCCUGACCGAACUCAUCCUUUGGUGACGAUGAGUGGGAACUCGGGUUUUCUUCUUUCCGGUAUCAAAGUGCAAACGUCGAACGCAGAGUUUAUUUACCCCGUUGGUGACAAAUCUCUCGUUGAGGAUCUGGAUUUGCCAGAUUUUGACAAGUUCCCUAAGCUGGCGUCAGCCACGUGUUACAAGUGCUUUUUGAAACCUGGUGAUGCUCUGUUCAUUCCAUCCCUGUGGUACCAUAAUGUGAAAGCGUUGGACUUCAGCGUGGCUGUGAAUUUUUUCUGGUGUGGGAUGCGAAAGGAAUUGUACGACGCCGGGGAUCCUUACGGGAACAAGGAUCCCGUGCCGGUAGCCAGAGCUGCGCAAAGCGUGGACAAAGCUGUGGCACUUUUGCGGACUUUGCCGCCGAAAUUUGCGCAAUUUUAUGGCCGGAAAUUGGCCAAUGUUUUGUACCAAAAAUCCUCGGAAGGAUGA